AUGCAAACGGAGCACAUCUCCAACCCCCCCCCCAAAAAAAACCCCUUCUCAACAAUCACGACCAACCCCGAGUGUUUCAGAGCAGCGGGGGGGGGGGGGCGGAGAGAGAGACCAGAGGGUAGGAACCAGAGCUGCCUGGGAAGGCGAGCAGGGAGCGUGACCGCAGGAAACUCCUCGCCAAAGGAAAGGGAGGGGGGAGACGGAGCCCAGCAGGCCAGGCCGGGGAAGGCGCGCUUUGGUGGGCCUCCCCAUCCCUCCUCCUCCUCCUACCCGCGGCAGACGCUGAAGCAGAACCGGCCCGCCGCAUCCCUCCUGCUCGUCCAGCCGCCGAGUGAAGACCCGGACCGAGACCCGCCCCCUCCCUUUCCCCCCUCCCGGCAGGUCCCGCUGCUGGACCUGGGCCAGCCCGAGCAGCUCCUGCCCAAGAAGCAACAGGCGGCCUUCGCUCCGCCAGCCGGUCUCCCCCCGCCCCACGCAGGCCAGGCCUGGCCGAGCCCUCCGCGGGCGCAGCGGCGCGCGCGACCCCCUUCUCUCCACCCCCCUGGAAAAACGAGGCUGGACGAGAGAGGCUGGCGCGCGCGCACACACAUACACACACACACACCCCGCCGCCAGCAGCGCCCCCCUCAACGCCGCCGACCCAACCGGGAUGCUCCCUUGGGGGGGAGGGGAGCUUUCCAAGAAGACAGGAAAGAGCGAGAUCCAAGGAGAGGUUUGCGCAGCGCCUUACAGUUGUUGCAACAGCAGCAGCGCCGGUGGUCGAGUGCGGGUCGCGCGAGGAGCUUGCGCCGCCGCUCCGGCCUGACGAUCUGCCCCUCCGCCUGGCCCGAGCCCGGCUGGGCCGAGGGUGACCCUCGCCCUCCCGAAGUUCAGCCGGGGGGGGGGGGACGUCUUUUGUUCGUCUCCAGGGAGGGGCUGGUGCCAAGAGAGACCCUCUUUCUCUCUGCCGGGCGAGGUCCCCUUCGGCUCCUUUUGCGCCCUCGGAGAAACGCGCGCCCGGCCCGUGAAUCCGGCCCGGCUCUCCUCCCCCGGCCCCGGCUCUCCUAGCCGCUCCCGGCCAGGCAACUAUCUCGGCGCCGCCGGAGCGGGCGCUGCUUGCUGGGAAGGAGCCAUGACAACAGCAGCAGCAACAGGAGGGGCCGCCAGGUGUCCCGCGAAGCCGGCGGGAGGCCAGAUGGUCCUGCGGCUGGUGGCGCAGGAGGCGACUCCUAAGGGGUGAGGGGUCUUCGCCCCCCCCAAAAAAAAUAUUUGAUGCGACUGCACCCCCCCCCCAAUUGAUGGGCACGGUAAUUGAAAUGUUGUUGCAGUGGCGGCUCCAGAAAAAAAUAUCGGCAUGUGACACAGAAAGAGCAAAAGGCAUUUCUGGAGCAUCCUGCUUUGUCCAAUAUGUCAGGUUUCUGAAAGAAAACAGCAGUUAUCAGUCAAAUCAAUGCUCCCAUCCGAAACAUAUUUUCUCUGAACUCCAUGAUAUGGAGAGAGAUUUGUCAAAGGUUAUCCAGUGAACUUUAUGGCUGAGCAGAAAUUUUUAAUCCAAAAAGGGUCUCUUAAUCCAUGACAUCUUAAAAAGCAGAGACAUCACCUUGCCAACAAAGGUCCGUAUAGUUAAAGCUAUGGUUU